GUCGCCGGUAUGGACUUUAAGAAGAGCCGAUAUGGAAGGUUCAUGAAUGGCAGAGUUCCAUCCAGUAGGAGAUACCAGCCUACAGACUACGAACACGCUGCCAACUGUGCCACACAUGGACUCUGGAUCAUCCCCAGCCUGGUGGGCGGGUCUGUACUCUACUUCCUGUCUGUGGACCAAUGGCAGGCUGCUGCUGCCUGGUUGUACGGGGCGGGGCUUAGUGGUCUAUUCAUCUCCUCGACUCUGUUUCACACCGUGGCCUGGAAGAUCAGACACCUCCGUAGAGUGGAGCAGCGUUUCCACAUGUGUGACAGAAUGGCCAUCUACUUCUUCAUCGCUGCUUCCUACACCCCCUGGUUGAUGCUGAGGGAGUUGGGUCCGUGGUCGAGUCACAUGCGAUGGAUUAUCUGGAUCAUGGCAGUUAUCGGCUCCACAUACGUCUUCUACUUCCACGAGAGGUAUAAACUGUUGGAGUUACUAGGAUACGUGGCCAUGGGGGCGGGGCCUGCACUUGUCAUCCUGUCCAUGGCGGACAGGGCAGGUUUGUGUGAGCUGGCGGUGGGUGGGAUUUUCUACGUAGUGGGUGUGGCCUUCUUUAAGAGCGAUGGAGUCGUCCCAUUCGCUCACGCCAUCUGGCACCUGUUCGUUGCCAUGGGAGCAGCUACACACUACUACGCUAUCUGGAGACACCUGUACACACCUGGACACUGAGACACACCUACCGUGGUGCUAGCUAAACAGGGAUCUGGUCCUGUACACACCUGGACACUGAGAAACACCUACCGUGGUGAUAACUAAACAGGGAUCUGGUCCUGUACACACCUGGACACUGAGACACACCUACCGUGGUGCUAGCUAAACAGGGAUCUGGUCCUGUACACACCUGGACACUGAGACACACCUACCGUGGUGAUAACUAAACAGGGAAUUGAAGGAUCUCUG